CCGAGGACACACCGAGUGGGACAUGCACGUUUGUUUACAGUCCGACAUGAAAAAAGCGGUGCACACAGCCAUAAUCGGACUGAGGGCUCCCUGCGUUUAAAUGGACAGAGACAGAGGAGGAAGAGUCUGCCGUAGAGGGAGAGGGAAGGGAGGCAGUCGAGGUGGAGAGGACAGAGAUGUCCGCCUGUCUAAAUCAAUGUCUUAUGCUCUUCGCCAUGGAGCCAACAAGAUGGGUCUUCACAUGGGUACAGAUGGUUUCCUCUUUGUGGAGGACCUCCUGGCUCACCCACAGUUCCGCUCGUACUCACUGGAGGAUGUUGAGAGAGUCGUGGCUGCAAAUAACAAGCAGCGCUUUAAGCUUCGCUUCCACCCGGACGACGGCCGCUUGCAGAUUCGAGCCAAUCAAGGCCAUUCAGUGCAGGUAAUGGAUUUGGAGCUGAAACCAGUCCUGGCUGGUGCUCCAGACUGUCCUACUGAGGCCGUCCACGGCUCCUACAUCCGCAACUGGAGCUCCAUACAGCAGCAGGGCCUGAGCCGCAUGAAAAGAACACACAUCCAUCUGGCGCCAGGCCUGCCAGGAGAGGAUGGCAUCAUCAGCGGCAUGAGGGGAGACUGUGAUCUAGCCGUAUUUAUUGAUGUCCCAAAAGCUCUUGCUGAUGGUAUUGAGUUCUUCUGGUCAGAGAACGGCGUGUUGCUGACUGCAGGCGACACAGAGGGAAAACUUCUCCCCAAAUACUUCAGUCAAGCCCUAAAACUGAAACCAACAAGGAGCAUCUUGCCACUGCAGUAGAAGUAGAGGAUACUGAUCUGUCAUUGGUCACAGAGGGACUCACUUGACCGUGUUAGCAUCCCGCUGUUGAUUGAUGCUCAUCCUAGUUCCCAUGGUAACGGUUGUUUGGCAGAAGGGCUUGUGGUCAGCAGUAAGAGAAUUCAUCCUAAAUGGGGCUUAAUUGGUAAAUCUUUCAUCCUUGUCAUUAUUGAAAUUAUAAGGAUAG